GAUGAAUACAUGCGGUCAUUCUGUUUCAGGUUACCAUGAUGAUAUAUUAUAUAUGUCAUUGCCUGUUCACUUCUGUGUCACGGUCGGCCUUGAUUUUAUCUGCUAUUUAGUAUAAUGCAUUGUUUUAUCCACUGCCAACGUUUAAAAAGGUUCAGAGGAGCGCCUUGAAACUUAGGGCGAUGUAAGGGAAAGGAGGGGUAUAUGCAUGAGUAGGUGGUGUUCUGCGUUAUUUGAAUGCGAAUGUAGAUGGAGAACAAGCCGAGACUGUUUUGGAGCGAAAAAGGGAAAAGGGAGGAGGAGAGUUGUCCUUGGAUUUUAGUUGCACUGAAUAGACACAGAUUAGUUUGCCAAGUACUUGGUCCACUUCUGAGACAUGCUCAUGUAUGCACUUGCUAUUUAGUCUCUCGUUUCCUAUAUAAACGAUACAUGGAUUUCUGUUAUCGCAUCUCGGAAGGGAUUUUGCUUUUGAGUUUAGGUCCAAUAGAACAAAUUCUAAUUCAACCCAUGGGCCAAUUAGCCAUUGACUUUCCCCUGCAUCAUGUCACGCCGGAAACAGAAAAGACCUCGGCAUUUUCUCAGCGCCAUCCUCGGCACGUCACGGCUACUUCAACGUGAUGAGCAGUUGGCAUUGAAGUCCCUCACCUCUACUCUUGUAAACAACUCUUGCUGCUCUUCCUCAUCCGCUACAACACAAAGCUGCCAAUCUUCCCAGGGCCUCAACCCGUCUGUAGAAAGACUCACAACACCCACGCUGUCCACAGCCAGCCACUCUAUCUCUCACAUUUCCUGCCACCUGUCUCAACUUGCACUUAUCCCCAACAUCCCACAAUCCCGCUCUUCUAGCUAUUCUGCCAAUCAUUGUAUAUCCACCAUUCCAUCACCAGUGCCCUCCACCCCCAACCACAUUCCCACACUCAUGGCUUCUCCAAAGUUAGGCGUUUCAGUUACCACAUCCUCUUCGUCCUCCUCCUCUGCUGUUUCCCUCUGUGUACCUCCACAUCCCAGAAGCCCCAGUCCCAUGCCCGCAGGUCCACCAAGCCCAGUUACGCCCUCCGCCAGCCCAAACUCAGCCCCUCCAACAGCAGCAUGUACACCUGUCAGCAUUGCUGUUAUCCUCGAGGAGCUGCGUGUGCUCCAGCAUAGACAAAUUCAUCAGAUGCAGAUGACUGAAGAGAUCUGUAGACAAGUAUUGAGACUGGGAGGAGCGUCAUGCGAAAUGGAUUCAACCCCAUUCAUGUUAGCACCUCUGCCACAACUCUGUUUGAAAGGUUCUGAUAGCAACCCCGCGCACUCUCGGCCACACCCCUCACCUCCCGCAUCCUCCGUGGCUCCACUUUUGGCAUGUUUCUCAUCCCUGCUUCCCCCUCAGACAACCUUUAAGUCCUCUAAAAAUACCCACCCACUUUUGAAUGUCUUGCGCCCCCAUAAGACACAAGGCGACAGUGGAGUUAUCAAUCCAGCAAACUUCACCAGUCAUGCAAGCGCUCACUCCUCCACAUCCUCAUCAAUGUCCACACCUAUUGCUUCAAACAUCCCACUCGCUCUUUCCCUUGGCCUACAAGCUCAAAAUUCAUAUGAGAAAUCAUCUAACAUCCCAGGAGCCGGUGGGCAGAGUAGUCUGACCUUCCCAAACCAGGCUCUGACAGCAGCUGCGGCCCACUCAGCUCCCACACAGGAUACAAAACUGUCCACGCAAGAAGGUGCAGGGCCUAUGCGGCAUGCGUGUCGUUUUUGUCGAAAGCUCUUCAGCAGCGAUUCAUCCCUCCAGAUACACUUGCGCUCACACACGGGGGAACGUCCUUAUCAGUGCCCUGUAUGUUUCAGUCGUUUUACAACACGAGGAAAUCUUAAGGUACACUUCCUGCGGCACCGUGAGCAAAACCCUGAACUCUCCUUUUCUCUGUUCCCAUGCUCCCUAUUUGCAUCCGUGACAGGGGGGUCAAUGGGAGGAUCAUCACAAGCUCAAACUACCAAAAUGAAUGCUGCUCAUAAACAGCAGGCAGGAGAUGAUUUUUGUGGCGAAGGGCCCGAGGGUGCUGCUACCUCACAAAACACUACAGCCUCAUCUCUGCCUCUGCCUGCAAGCAUCGACUUGGCUCUACUGACCACUGCUCACUCUCUCCUUCAGCUCAACCGUGCGUCUGCCGCUGUAGCCUCUACAUCCUCUGGCUCUUUACUCACACCCUCAACAUCUUCCUCUCUCGCCUCUACCCUUCUGUCUGCUCAACCAUCAUCCACCUUCUCUAUCGCAGGGAUGUAUAAAGGAGUGAAGCAACAGCACUUUGAUGAGAACACCCCUCCAAUUCCUACAUUGCUCCCCCAUUCUGCCUAUUCACAGCUUGCCAAUCUACCCAAACUCUUUUUUCCAGCAUCUUCCACCCAUCACCAAUCAGGCCAGGGUUUCCUCAGGCCCACAACCACAACAGGAUCCUUCAUGUCAACAACACAGCAACACAUCUCGUUCCCUUUAAUGGCCUCUUCCACUGCCACAUCCGUCACCACCCCAACUUCAGACACAUCAAAGCUGCAGAGAUUGGUGGAGAAGUUAGAAAAAGAACCACGUGGUCAGUCGCACUGGGUAACAUCUACUGGUGAGACUUCGACCAGCAGCGUAACAGGAGCAUUAAGCUAUAGCAGCAGUAGUUUAAUGAGUACAAGUACAUUCAGUACAAAUGUGGUCACCUCCCUUCCAUCAUCUACAAUGCAGAUCCCAUCAUCCCUCUUCAGCAAGCAGUCACCUUAUCUAGGACUCAUGAAUUCUGCUGGUGCACUUGCUCCCAAUCAGUGUAGCGUGUGCCUUCGGGUGCUAAGUUGCCCAAGAGCUCUCCGUUUGCACCAGGCUACCCAUUUGGGAGAGCGUCCCUUCCCCUGCAAGCUAUGUGGUCGCUCCUUCUCAACUAAAGGGAGCCUUCGAGCGCACUUGGCCACCCAUCGUGCACGCCCACCAAACAGUCGUGCCCAAAAUUCUUGCCCAUUAUGCCAGAGGAAGUUCACCAAUGCCCUCGUUCUGCAACAUCACAUACGCAUGCAUUUAGGAGGCCAGCUACCACCAGAGAAUCUGCCUGAUACUUCAACACAAUGUGAUAGUUUGCCCAAGUCUCAGUCUGCUGAGCCCCCUGCUUCAGAGACCAACCCUAGCACUAAUGAUGUUCAGUUAUCACACACAGUGCCAGAUUCCAGAUGCUCCUUCAGUAGUCAUUCUGAUCUUCUUGCUGUCAGUACUGCUCCCACAAUAUGCCCCUUAACCUCCAGCCUACCUGGUUCGUUUAGCCCGGGUCUUUUUGAUCUAAACCUUGACCUCUACACAAUCCCAACUACACAUUCCCCUCCAACAAGCAUAGCCGAUGACUCAGAUCUCUUUGUCGGCGUAACUUCUCCCGUAGAAUCUGCUGCCUCCACUGUCCCUCCAAUCUCAACAACAUCAGAUCCAUCUGCCACCGGUGAACCAUCUUUUGAACUUUCCAGCAACACUGCCUCCUUGGGAGAAAAGAAAAAUUCCAGCUCCUCUGCUUCCGUAAAAGCCAGCGCACACAGAGACGACAGUGAAUUGAGGGGUGAAAAUAGACUGCCAAUUUCUUGCACUGGAUCAAGGUCUAAUUUAGAGGAUCUCCUAAGUGUACAAACUGAUAAAGAGGCAAAAGUACCUCGGCUACAUCCAGCAACAACACCGCCUUCUCUUCUUCCAUUCAGCACUGAGAGUCUGUCCUCUCACACACUGAGCCUAGUGGAGCCUGACCUUGUCCAAACAUCCGAAUCACUCUCUCAAGACUUCAGUAAGGAAGAAAAGAUGGAUGGCAGAAUACAUAAAACACCAAAGACUGCUCAAAGGGCAACUCCAGAUUUGAGUAGUAAUGUGAAUGUAGCAUCAGAAAUUUUAGACAACAUGAGUGAAGAUGCAUCUGAGACUGUGCCCAAAGAGCCUGAUGCAAAGAUACAGAGGACAAUAAAGGAUGGUCACUGUAGUUCAAUUGCAAAUGAUGAAGUUGAGGUUAAUGACACAAUGGAGAUUGAAAAAGAGAGCACCGAACCAGCGGUAUGCAUGUCAAUGGCUCCUAGUCUUCCACCUCCUAUGCCAGAGAGAAAAACCUACCACUGCUCUGAAUGUGGAAAAGAGUAUGCAAGUCGCAGUGGAUUGAAGGGACAUAUGAAGCACCACGGAGGAGUUGUGAGGGCACAUCGAGCUCCUGCAAGAACGAAGGGCCCGGAUAGAGUGUCACAAACACAUCAUUCCACUCAUCUGCCAUCAGAGCACCAGUGAGUUCUUCAGCCGGUACUAUGCUCUUCUGAACAACAGCAACUGUCUAGCAGCUCUCCACAGAACAAAAGGUUGAGACGAAUGUAAUAGAAGAAACAGGAACCAAAAACAAUAUGUCAUACAUCUACUAAUGUACACGCCGUAACUCACAGGGUCAUUUCAUGGCUUUGUUUCAACUAGUAAAAGGUUCCAGAUCUUUGUUAUUAAAAUACAUAUUAACAUCAGAUUUUAAUAAAUGUGAUCCAAAGGUGCUUUAUAGACUUUAGUUGUCGGUGGUGUCAAUUCUUGAAACAUUAUGUGUUAUUAUAUCUUGCAGUACAUUCCUGAACAUGACGUAUUGUUCUUUUUGAUGACUUCAAUAUUUACAAAUUCUUACGAUUGUUUUGAUGGUUUUGUUUUCAUUAUUUUUAAAAGGAAGACGUGGUGGUGGCUUAAAGUUUCGAAAUAGCUUUAGGUGAGAAACAGAAUGUCGCUCAAAUCUUGUAUACGUUCUGCCGCCUCACAUGUGUUACACCAGAUUUGGCCUCGGUGACGUCAGUGUGUCUCAAAAACAAAUAUGUGAAGCAGGUUUAAUAUGAGAUUUGAGAGCUACAGCACCAUGGAUGCUCUGUUCCUCAGAAUAAGCUUUGCUACUCUGUUACAUUACACAAAAAAAUUUACAUGCAGGGAUUUUUAUCCAGCUCAGAAAAAGGAUAGUAAAAUUGUUCUAAAGGUGCAGAAAAUGUUUUAACCUUUAGCCAAUAAUUCAAGCGCUCACCAACACCUAUUAUAAACCCAAAUGUAUUGGUACGAUCAGGAAGAUUAAGACAAUGUCAAAUUGUAGCUGGAAGCUACAUCAAAAUCGCUUUCCUGGAUCAAACCUCUAAGGGGUUAUUGUUAACCGGUCAUUAGACUGCAUGGUGAAUAUUCAAAACUCCUCAUUGUCAUUGUUAAAAUUACUUGCAAUCCAUGUGGAAAAAAAACAUAACGUGUGCUGACAUGUUACUUGUUCUACAUCUUCAGGCUUCUUGGAGUGAGGAAUUAUUGGAUAGGUACUAAGAUAAGGAAAAAACAUCAAAAUGUAAAUAUGACUUGUCAGCUUUGUCCAUUGUGUCCAUGUUUGUCCAGUCCAGCUGUACAGUACUACAUAAUAAUCUGCUCUUGACGUUGACUUUACCUAAGAGUCAGUUGAGUUUAUCAAGCCUGUACGUGUAAGCCCUUGUAACUUUAAUAUUGUUAGUGUAACUAUUGAAGAUGGUAGAAAUAAACUGAAUGAUUUUGAGAUCUAGCGUUAAAGAUAGCCCUUUGUAUAUUACUUGGUGGAAAUGUUUGUUUAUAUAGUGAUGUUUGUUUUAGUUUUUUUAUGCCUGGACAAUUUACAGAAAAUAAUACCCUACAUGUAUUUUCCAUAGAUAUGGUGAACGAGUCUCACUGUCCGUUGUAAUUUCAUGGUACAAAAAAAAGUAAAUAAAAGUCAGUGUA